GCAUAUGACCCAACUAUAGAAGAUUCAUAUCGAAAGCAAGUGAUCAUUGAUGACCAACCUUGUGUCCUAGAAAUAUGGGACACUGCUGGACAAGAACAAUAUAUAGCUCUACGCGAUGGAUGGAUCAGGGAGGGUGAAGGUUUUCUACUUGUAUAUUCUAUAACUUCGAGAUCGACUUUUGAGCGAAUAGAACGAUUACAUGAUCAAAUUAGACGUGUAAAAGACAAUGUACCAGCUCCAGUUAUGCUUGUUGGUAAUAAGUGCGACAAAAUAACUGAGCGUGAAGUUUCAAGAGAAGAAGCCAUGAAUUUAGCAAGAUGGCUCAAGUGCGACUUUAUAGAGAGUUCUGCAAAAACAAAUAUUAAUGUGCAUAAGGCAUUUUACGGUGUG